GAAUUCAUCUUGCAUAAAAGGCCACAGAGAGCCCCUGGGCCACUGCAGAACUUCCGCAGAAAGAAUCCUUGGACGGGUAAGUUGGAAAUGUCUGUGAGGAGAAAAGGUGUUUCUGGAGGAGCCAGAACUGGCCCAGUCUGCUAACACUUCACACAAUGUGCAUCUUUUAAAGACAUCAUCUGUUUGUGUCUAUCUUUCAACAAUUGGCCAGAAAAUCCUGCCCAAAGGGAAUUAAGUAAUUCUGCCCCAAGCUGCUGUUGAGAGACCUAUAAAUCACAAACAAGGCUUGCCACUUGCUAAAGCAAAACUGAGCGUUGCACAAUGCUUUCCCGGUGUCCCAGUUAAAGAGCCAGUCCUCCUCCUGGCGACUGAAAGCAAACCAGGGAAACCUGCCUCAGUGUUCCGAGACGCGCCAAGAAGCCAUUAGGGACUGGAUCUUCAGAAGGCCUCAAAUUAGGGAGCUACAAAUUUACAUGUUCGCUGAUGGUUGACACUUUUAAUCAACACAAUGGCUGGAAGCAUGAAGAAUGUCCUUGUGGUUUCCUUUGGAUUUCUACUUCUGUUUACUGCCUACGGAGGGCUGCAGAGUCUACAGAGCAGUCUGUACAGCGAGGAAGGCCUGGGUGUGACGGCCCUCAGCACCCUCUAUGGAGGCAUCCUCCUGUCCUCCAUGUUCCUCCCGCCGAUUCUCAUAAAGAAAUUGGGCUGCAAGUGGACCAUCACCAUCUCCAUGUGCUGCUACGUGACCUUCUACCUGGGCAACUUCUAUGCCAGCUGGUACACUUUGAUCCCCACAUCCAUAUUGCUGGGGCUUGGAGGUGCCCCUCUGUGGUCUGCUCAGUGCACGUACCUGACAAUUCUGGGAAACAAACAUGCAGCGAAGGCAGGGAAACUUGGCAAAGAUGUGGUUAGCCAGUACUUUGGCAUCUUCUUUCUCAUAUUUCAGUCAUCUGGUGUGUGGGGCAAUUUGAUUUCAUCUCUGGUGUUUGGCCAGACUCCCACACAAGAGCCAAUCCCAGAGGAGCAGCUCAUGAACUGUGGGGCCAGUGACUGUCUGAUGGCUACCACGUCCACUAACAGCACUCAGCGCCCAUCCAAGGAGUUAAUCUACAUCCUCCUGGGCAUCUACACUGGAAGUGGCAUACUGGCCGUCUUGCUGAUAGCUGUCUUUCUUGAACCAAUUAAAGAUGUUCAACAGGAAGGCAAAGAGGAGAAGAAACCACAACAUAUGUGGUCCACUUUGUUGGCAACUUUCAAGCUGCUCAAAGAUAAACGCUUGCGUCUCCUGAUUCUGCUGCCGAUGUACAGCGGAUUAGAACAAGGAUUCCUUGCUGGCGAAUAUACAAGGUCGUACACCACCUGCACCCUGGGCAUCCAGUUCAUCGGUUACGUGAUGAUCUGUUUCUCAGCCACCAACUCUCUGUGCUCCGUGCUGUAUGGAAAGCUCUCCCAGUACACUGGCAGGCUGGCUCUCUAUAUUCUGGGGGCAGGGAUACAACUCUCUUGCAUAAUUGCCCUUUUGCUGUGGAAACCUCACCCGAGUCAGCUGGCUGUGUUCUUCGUAUUUCCUGCAUUUUGGGGCAUGGCUGAUGCCGUUUGGCAGACACAAAACAAUGCUCUUUACGGUGUUCUGUUUGAGAAGAACAAGGAGGCUGCCUUUGCCAAUUACCGCCUUUGGGAAGCUCUGGGAUUCGUUGUUGCAUUUGGAUAUAGCACAUUUUUGUGUGUCAAUGUCAAGCUCUACAUUCUACUAGGAGUCCUGAUUCUGACUAUGACGACUUACGGAACAGUUGAAUACAUAGAGUCCAAGAACACAGCCACGCCACUUGCUUUAGGACAGCCAAACCAAGAACACGUCCAAACAAACAUGUGAAAGCAACAGACUCCAUGGCAGAUGCACUAAGAGAAGAUCAGCAAGAGAGAUUUAUUUGAAGAUGCCUCAGAGUAUAUAGUUGAUUCUUCCCAACUAUUUCAGCAAUAUUUGGACAUUCUGAAAAUAUUAUAUAAUUUCAUUUUCCUUGUAAUUUUUUCCUUCUAACAAAUUUUCAGUCCCCCAUCUUGUCUUCAUGUAUGAGGCCAUACAUGAAGGUAUCAGUUUAUUUAAUUUCAUAUACAAGAGAAAGAAGCUUAGGGUACUGUCAACCAAUUUGCUUGGAUUCAUGGGCUUAUGCUUGUUUUUGCUGUUGUUGGUUUUGUUUUUGGUUUGUUGUUAUCAUUGUUAUUUUUAAGAAUUGGAAGACUGCUUAAAAUAAUGUAGCUUAACACCAUAAUUUUACAGAUGGGUAAAACAAUGUCCUGAGAAGCCAAUUAACUUUACCUCACAAAGUCAAUCAGUGACACAGCUAGGACUAGAGUCUAUGUCUCUUGAAACUUAUAGAAUAUAUGCAUUUUGGAAUAAAUGCAAUUCUAUUAUGGACUUA